GUGUGUGGAAGCUACAUUCUGUCGCUCUUCAAAGCUGAGGAAUUGAUGGAGCUCGUCGUUGGCAACGAGGACUACGAUUGGGAUCAAUUGGAAAAGAGCUCGGAGUACAAAAACGGUUACACGAAAGAUGACCCGACCGUCAGGAUAUUUUGGCAAGUUUUCCAUGGAUUGACGACGGAUGAGAAGAAGCGCUUCCUCAAAUUUCUCACGGGGACUGACAGGAUACCGAUUCUCGGCAUGAAAUCUGUAAAGCUUUUAUUCCAGCCGACGGGAGGUGGUGAACGAUACUUCCCGGUAGCUCACACCUGCUUCAACCUGCUCGACCUUCCUCGAUACAAGAGCGCACAAGUGCUGAGAGAAAAGCUUCUGUUGGCAAUCCAACAAACCGAAGGAUUCACUCUAGUCUAAGACAUUCUCUUGAACAUUCACGUCUCGUUACGUAUCUGCAACGUAGAAAGAAGCGGAAGUGACUAACGUGCCUCUCUGGCCUGUCUAGUGCGGGUUUCCGUUCGGUGAUUCUCAUUGAACUGAAGUUCUUUCUGAAGUGAUUUUUUUUCUACAUGAAACUUUCCUAUGAUUUCCGACUUCGUGCUUAACUUCGAUUACCUGCUUCCUUAAUCCUUCCUAUCUGUUGACUUCUGAAAUGUUUUUUGAGUGAUUGAUGGGUGAUAUAGAACUAAUGUGUAGGCCUUCCAUCUCCGGAAAUUCAUGAACAACGUAAUUUUUGUUACCGGGGUGGAUUCGAAACGUGAUGGACACUAGUUUAUGAUUGCGCAUGACCUUAUUUUUUGCUCAUUAUCCAAGAGUGCAAAUGUUCAUGGGAGAAUCACGUACAUUUUAAAAAUUGUUUGCCUGUUAUUGAGCUUGGGUCCGUUGUUGUCCACUCCUCAUUUUUUCAGAAUUUGAUUUACGAAGUGCAGAAGCAUGUGUAGUUUUUAAUGGCCAUAACUGACUGUGUUUUGUAUUUUUGUUGUUGCAGGCAUUGAAUGUAAUUUGAUCAGCGGUGAAAUAUGAUUCGAAGGGAAUUCGUGAUGUUCUGAUUGUCGUGAUGAGAAGUGAUUUUCAUUUUGCGGUACUGAGCAAUCUUUGAAGCUUUGAAUGCGGUGAACGCUUUGAAACACUUUUCGAACGGUUUCCUCAGUGAUGACAAUUAACGCAUUAGCUGAAAUGUCCGACAAAUUUUCGAUUACGUUAGUUAAUUUUUUGCUUGAAUCGUUUCAAAAUUUAAUUGCAAUUUAGCGUUAUUGUGGGUGAUGUUUUUUCUGUAUUCUGAUUUUGGUGCGACAUCAUUUCCUUGCGUUGAGGAAUGGCUUUGAAUUUUUCUAAGGUUAUCGCCGAAUUCUCAACUUAAACGACCUGCAAUUCGGUGUGUUACCAAAAUUACCCAUUUUUAAAUUUAGAAGAUAUUUUCCAUCUACCCUUGUGAUUUGGACAAACCUGAACCUGUGAUCGAACCCAAGAAUGCGCACCCUUGAAGUCAACUUAGCAUAUUUUGGAAGAACCUUGACAGAAAAAGUGUUCUGAGGCAAUCAAAAUGGUCUUCUGUUCAUUUUAAAUUGGUUAAACCCCGAAUGAGGGACUGAAAUGAAUAAUCCCUGUCUAUUUUCCUGAUUCAGGUUUUAUUCUUACCCG